GCGGUGCCUUUGACGAUGGUUGUUCAACGUGGUGCAGACAGACGUUGUUCAACAAACACCUUUCCAUUUGUAGUUUAGCGCCUUAAUACUCCUAUUAAAGAAAUUAAAUGCGUGUUUAACUGCUAUUAUCCAAAAGCCUUUUACGUUUUGGGAAUUAGUUAGAUAUGAAUAUUAUUUCAGGACUACAAGCUGAUUCGUUAUCUUAUGAGUAGUGAUUCCGGUUCAGUGGGAAGGUUUGAACGGCUCUCUGGAAAGUGACCAUUGUUGUAAUCAGGUCGAGGCUGUUAUCAUUCCCACUUGCCGACUUUUCUUAGUUUUUUUUACAGGUUUGCAGCAGAAAUUAUUGCAAGCUUUUUAGAGUGUCAUGAAAGAAAUGUCAAGCACCAUGCCUGGUGGGCAACAGCCUCAGAAACACUAUGGUAUCACCUCUGCCAUUAGCCUUGCACCCCCACGAGAAAUAGACCAUGAAUACACCGAUAAGCUUUGUGAAGCUAUGAAACCUUUUGGGGUGUUUGAAGAUGAAGAGGAAUUGAACCACAGACUUGCUGUUCUUGGAAAGUUGAAUAACCUUGUUAAGGAGUGGAUUGCAGAGAUCAGUGAAUUGAAGAACCUCCCACCAUCAGCAAUCAGCUGUGUUGGAGGAAAGAUAUUUACAUUUGGUUCAUACAGACUGGGAGUACACACAAAAGGAGCUGAUAUCGAUGCCUUAUGUGUAGCUCCACGCCACGUAGAGAGAGCUGACUUUUUCCAGUCUUUCUUUGAGAAAUUGAAACAGCACGAAGAGAUAAAAGAUCUCAGGGCGGUCGAGGAUGCUUUUGUACCAGUGAUUAAAUUCAAAUUUGAUGGAAUUGAGAUCGACCUGCUUUUUGCCAGACUGGCCUUACAGUCCAUUCCAGACAACCUGGACCUGAGGGGGGACUCCAUCCUGAAAAACUUGGACAUUCGAUGUAUUCGCAGCCUUAACGGUUGUCGAGUUACAGAUGAAAUUUUGUACCUGGUGCCAAACAAAGAAAACUUCAGGCUGACCUUGAGAGCCAUCAAACUGUGGGCGAAACGUCGAGGGAUUUACUCCAACAUGCUGGGCUUUCUGGGUGGAGUGUCAUGGGCCAUGCUGGUGGCCAGGACCUGCCAGCUCUAUCCCAACGCCGUGGCUGCCACACUUGUCCAUAAGUUCUUUUUAGUUUUCUCUAAAUGGGAGUGGCCGAAUCCAGUUCUAUUGAAACAGCCUGAGGACAGUAAUCUGAAUUUACCAGUGUGGGAUCCUAGAGUGAACCCAUCAGACAGAUACCACCUGAUGCCUAUCAUCACACCUGCUUAUCCCCAGCAGAACUCCACGUACAACGUCUCUACAUCAACACGCACCAUCAUGAGCGAGGAGUUCAAACACGGUCUUAACGUCACAGACGAGAUUCUUCAAGGCAAAGCAGAAUGGUCCAAGCUCUUUGAGCCACCAAACUUUUUCCAAAAGUACAAGCAUUAUAUUGUUUUAACAGCCAGUGCAUCAACAGAAGAAAACCACCUAGAAUGGAUCGGCCUUGUAGAGUCAAAGAUCCGCGUCCUGGUGGGAAACCUCGAGAGGAACGAGUACAUCACGCUGGCUCAUGUCAACCCUCAGUCUUUUCCUGGGUCCAAAGAGAACCGCAACGAGAGCGACUUUGUUUCCAUGUGGUUCAUUGGGAUCAUCUUCAAGAAGGUGGAGAAUGCAGAGAGUGUCAACAUUGACCUGACGUACGACAUCCAGUCCUUCACAGACACCGUCUACAGACAAGCAAACAACAUCAACAUGCUGAAGGACGGGAUGAAGAUCGAAGCAACGCAUGUGAAGAAGAAACAGCUUCAUCAGUAUCUCCCCCCUGAACUGGUGCAGAGGAAGAAGAGGAGCAUAGCGGAGUUGAACCGCAGCUCUAACGGCGGGAGCUCGAAGCGCAUCUCUCUGGACAGCAGUCAGCUGGACAGCUCCAGAGACACAGACUUGGGGACUCCCUUCAGCUCCCCAACAAGCAACCCUCCUAAACCUGCAUCGGACCCAGAUGACGGUGUCAGCCCUCCGAAACAGCCUCAUUUGGAGAGCUCCCCAGCACCCAGUGCAGCACCAGCUGUUCAAGACCAAGGCAUGUCCAUCCCUGUUAUAGGGUCAAAGUCUUCAGUUAAAGCAAAGCCUCCUUCUCCACCAGCCAGCAGCUCCAUCAGCACAGCGCCGAGCGAGAACAUGAAGCCCAACGCUACCAGCAGCCCCAAAGAGGAGCCCAACGGUCUGGAGGACCCCAUCAAUGGAGCGCCUUCCAAGAGACCACACUCACCCACACAAGAAGACCCAGCCAAGAGGCAAAAAGAGUCAGAUGUGGUGUCCAACAGUGACUCUGCAUUCAAAGAACCAUAUCCACCAUCCUCUGACUCCAGUCCACACGGAGAAGCACCCAGUACUCCACCCCCUUCUGGAUCAAAGGCAAAGCCCAUUCCAACCAUUGAUACUACAAGGACACAGAGACUUCCCAGCAUGGAGCUACCAGACGCCUCCUCACCUCUCCCAGCCAGUAAUAGCUGCCGUGUGGUGAAAAAUUCCAUUAAACUGGCUCUCAACCGACACAACAUCACACCUCCCAAGCCCCCAGUGUUCGACAGCACCCUCAGUCCAGAAGCUGCUCCUACCAGUGAAGAGAAGGGCAUGUCUAUUCCUGUCAUUGGCUCGAAACAUGAAGCAUCCAAGCAAGUGGUGCCCACCGUCGGCAGCUCCAUCCCCACUCUAGUUAGCCGAGUCGCCGACCCCCUGAACGGAGCAGCCUCAAAAAGACCCCACUCCCCCCCUCUGGAAGAACAGGCCAAGAGGCUGAAAGAAACAGAAAAGGCCAGAAUCCACAUAGCUUGAAGACCCUACCCCCGUAGAGGCGGGGGCUACACAGUCAAGUCACACAGCAGGAGGACGAGUGCGCCCACGGACAGGGAGCGUGUUCAGGUCGGAAACGUGACGCUGCUGCAGGAAAGACACCUCACCUCAGAUCUUUCAUAGAGUUCAGAUUUGCCAGUGGAUAACGGAUUCGGUCAAUACUGUCACACUCGGAGCCAGAGUUUGUUCAACCCCUGAGUCACGGAGAUACGACAUGAGAGCUAGAGCUGCAGUUUUUUACUCCUCCUUCUCUUUCUGUGUUUCAAAUGUACACACGGACAGUAAUUUCUUUUCUUUUUUUUCCAUUUCACAUGUUUUUUAAAAAAAAUAGAAAAAGCUCAGAACAGAUAUUCAUGCUUGCUAUACACUUCCCCCCCAACAGAAACCUGUACAGUAAAUGUUGAUGUACAUAACUUUUUGUCUUAAAAAAAAGCAAAAGAUUACUGUUAAGUCUUUUGAUCAUUCUAUUGUAGUUUUAUCUAAAAAGGAAAAAAGUUAAAAAAAAAAAAUUUUUCUUCUCUUUAUUCUUUCUUUCUCUACUGCUUGUCAGAAACAAAAUGUCUCCAGCCCAGGGUAUUUUGUAGACACCGUAUAGGUUUGAUUACAGUUGCAGAGAGCAUUUAUUGAGGUUUUGCUUGGAUAUGAUUGAAAACACAACCACAACUCUUUGGACCUGCUCGACGACCCAAAAAGGACUCCAGGACACUUGCAGUGUGUAGGUGAUCAUGAUGCUCAGUGACAUCAGAGCUGCUCAGGCGAUAAGAGCAAGAAAAUCAUUCUCAAUGGGAGCGGUUGUGCACUUUCUGGUAGUGGUGAGUUUGUUUUUUUGUGUCAUUGUUCUUUGUGGGAUUAAUGUUGAACAGGAACAACCAUACAAAACUAUUCAUACGAUAGUAUCUGUUCAUUUGAGCUUCAAUGUCCCUAUCUCUUCAUAUUCAUAUGUCUACCCACUUGUCAUGUGCAGGUAAGGUAAGGCUGACAGUAAAGUGAGUACCAAACACUUCAGUCACACAAAACUGUGAUUGAAGAUUUCUGACACCCUAUGUCAACCUGAACAAUAAAUAAUACAGAAUGCAUUUAAAUCAGGACACUUCUUAAUUGACCCCACCCCACUGUCCUCGCUACAUAUUUAUACACCACUCAUCCACCCUCACUUGGCCUGUUUUCUGUUAGGAUUACUUCUGGUAAAACUAGGCCUCAGUUGUCAGCACAUUUCAUGCCCAUUGGAAAGAUUGUGUUUUGUGGAAGAGAAAACAAAUGGUUAGAAGCUUUUUGAGGAGUUGCACUGGUUUGUGUGUAUGCAUGCAUUUAUGGUUGACAGUGUGUGAGCAUGCAUAGGUGGCUGUGUUUGUGUUAGAGAGAGAAUUCCCUUUGUUUUGGGUGUUAACCCUCUGUGCCUCCUGUGGAGGUUCUUAAAGCAUCUUCUGGGUCCACGAAUUGUGUGUGUGUGUGUGUGUGUGGGGGGGGGGGGGGGGGGGGGGGGGGGUCAGGAAAUUAGCUUUUCUUUUGUUUUUUUUUUUGUUUUUUUCUUGUUUUGGGCCUUAACACUGCACAUCGAAGCUGGGUGUCCAGCACAGAGGAUAUAUGUGUACAACGUUGUGUAAAGUGAUGAUAAUGAGGCAUCCUCUUCAUUGGAGCAGUUGGGACUCAGGCAUUUUUUCCCAGCAUCAGUUUCCCUAAAUGUGCUGAGGGCAAGUUUUUCAAAAGGCAUAUUCUUCAUUAUUGGGGGUUUUCUUAUCACUUUAUUUAUAUUUGCAUAUUUGUACCAUGUGACCUCUGAAUUCUCUUUUUUGUUCUUUGUUUUUUUUUGUUUUUUUUUAAGCAUUCAUAGCAGGUAGGUCUUUUUGAAUAAAAAUCUGCACCACUCUUUCAGACAACUCGUUUUGCUGUUCAGAAAACAGUUAACAGGUCAUUUAGAUGUUUGUUUCUAAAAUGUAUUGAAAGGGUAUUUUUGUAUGUGUUUAUCACCUCCUUUAAAUGAAUCCAUAAGUCCAUUAAACCCCUAAAAACUUAA